AUGGCUUCUCAAGCAAUACCAAUCAAUCCUCCACCACCCCCACCCUUUACUAAUACAACCACCAACACCAAGACCCAACAACUUCUCCCCUCCAUCAACAAGCCCCGCUCCAAAGACCGGCACAGGAAGGUGGAAGGCCGUGGCACCCGUGUGCGUAUUCCGGCAGACUGCGCAGCUAGAAUCUUUCAACUGACUCGUGAGCUCGGCCACCAAACGAAUGGCCAGACCAUUGAGUGGCUCCUCCACCAUGUUCCCUCCGCCCACUUCCCCACCACCACCGCCGCCUCCGCCACUGCUACAGCUGAUUCUUCAUUGCAUGUUCCUUCAUCUUGUUCUCUUGAUUCCUUGAAGAGGAGUGGUGGAUUAUUAGAAAACAAAGAUACCCAUUUGCAUGUUUCCUUAAAGAAUGCUGAUUCUUCUAGUGGAUUCUUGAAUGAGUCAAAGUCCUCACCUUUAUCGACACCCACAUCAUCAACAUCAAGAAUAGGAUAUUCUUCUACUGGAUUCUUGAAUGAUUCAACUUCUUUACUUUUAUCAACACCCACAUCAACAACAGAAACAGAAACUCCAGGAAUAGCAAUGGUAGAGCAAAAGAAAGAAGAGUUGAAGGGUGAAUUUGAGUUAUUUCAUGGUUUAGAUGGGAAUUUUCCUUACAUUUCUUUCACUUCUUUGUUAAUGCAAUGA